GUACAAGUGACACACGCUCCAGCAUAUACUGUACUUUCAGUUAGAACUCGGGAUAAUGUUUGCAAUAGGCUACGUGAUCAUCAAAACACAAAUUUAAACAGACGAUUCGUCUCUUCGGCUCGGUGUUUUCUUUAAGCUAGUAAAAACUGACAAACGACAGAAAAACGAACUUUGAAUGAUGAUUAACGGUCAAAACAAUGUAACUGACGAAAGAAUUUUGGCUUUUGUCCAUAAGUCCGCGGCGACUGUUGGACUUUGGACCAACGUGACAAACACAGUGUUUAGAUAAACAUUGGAGGCUUUUUAGAUCAAAGCAAGGUAUUUGAUCAAAGCACCGUGUCCUCAAGAUGGCGGUGGUAAGGACAACACAUCUUAAACGCUUUAUUUUGAGUAGGUACCUACUUCAGGAGGUAGGUGCACGUCCGUUUGAAACUACAAAAAGGAAAGUAUUUCAGCUUGCGGAGACCGAGAUCGACUGGUCCGCAGAAGCAGCAGGAAAAUCUGUACCAAUACGAGGGAGGGCCAUGCUCCCCGGGUCGGAAAGUUGCAAUUUUCCAGAGUUCCUCUCGCCCCCAAGAGUUGACGACCCCCCUCGAGUUUUCGCUCCAUCGGGGAGGGAACGCACCGCUCCCGAAGACUGUGCCGUGGAGAUGCGGAAAGUCGUCCACGAGUUGAUGAAAAAUCAGGACGUAGGCGCCGUGCUAUUUCGCGGUUUCCCGCUGUCCACGACCCAGGACUUUUCCAGAGUCGUAAACAACUUAGGUCUCAAAAUGAGACGUAGUUACAAAGGUGGGAUCGGCAUAAGGCACGAGACUGACGAGUCUGUCUACUCGGCAAGCGACGAGCCACCUGAAUGGUGCAUAGAGCCUCACAACGAACUCGCCCAGUCCAACAACUCUCCUGAAAAGGUGAUAUUUUUCUGUGUGGAUCCGCCGUCCCCUGGUGCUGGGGGUGAAACGGUCCUCACAGACGUGCGGGAAAUCCUUCCGCGUCUCGACAAGGACGUUGUGAAGAAGUUCCAGGCGCUGGGGGUCAUGUACAAACACUACGUGCCGUCUCGUGGUUCCGGGGAAUAUCUCUGCUGGCAAACCAUGUUCCAGACUGAAGACAGCUCUGUUGUCGAGGAGUUCCUGAGAACCAACAACAUCCAGUGGGAGUGGGACGACAACAACGCCCUCUUGUGGUGGAUCACCCUACCUGCAGUUCGCAUGUACAGGGGUACCCAGUUGUGGUUUAAUUCUGCACACAUCAACAACGUCUCCUGCCUGAAGCUACAUCCUCAUUGGUGCGACAAGGACAUUCCCGAUCACCGUCAUCCAACCAACACGUUCUAUGGAGACGGCACCGAGAUAGAAGCAGAUGUGUUACAGCACAUCAGGGACGUCAUUUGGCAGGUCGCUGUCGGUUUCCAGCUGAAAAAGGGCGACUUACUGGUGCUGAACAACAUGUACUGUCAACACGCUAGGCUCAGUUAUGCAGGCACUAGGAAGCUGGCCUUCGCUAUGGGCAUGCACGAAGACUAAUGAUAAGCUACAGACGAGGUUAUGACCAUCACCAUGGCAACUGAACUGACAAUGAGAUUUUACCAUACAGCACUGUGAACGUACAACUGCAUGAUUCUAUAGAAAAUAGAAUGAUUUAGCUUACCUUGUACAUCGUAACUACUGCAAAUAGCAGCUCUCGCAACACUUACUGUAGCUGAGCCUACCACAAGGGGUCUCCAGUGGACUGGG